UUACGUCAUGGCCAAGAUGGCGGCCUCCGUCCUGGACAACAGUGAGGAUGCGUUCAGAAAAAUCUUUAAGUUUUAUAAAAGGAGAGAUCUUCCACCAGAUUUUAGGGAUGUUACUGAUUUCUGCAGCGGAGCAGCAGGUGAAAAGAUAGUUCCAGUCAAACUGAACCCAGCUGCUGUGAGGGAUGGGGAUGCUGUCAGUGUUGGACUGAAGCCCAUCAGAGACUGGAGAGCCUUCAGCCUACAGGGAUACCCAGGAUUCAUCUUUAUCUCCAAUCCUUUCCUGCGAGGCUCCCAGGCUUAUUGGGUUAGACAGUGUUUGAAGACGUAUCCUCAGAAACCGAACGUGUGUAACCUGGACAUGCACAUGCCUCUGUCUGACACGCAGGACAUCUGGGGCAGGAGCGCACAAGUCCUCAGGUUUGCGUCUUCUGAAAAGAGACAAGCAAAGACCCUCCUGGAGAAACUGCGCUGGGUCACUCUGGGAUAUCAUUACAACUGGGACACUAAGACGUACUCUGCCAAUCAUUUCACUCCGUUCCCGUCGGAUCUCCACGCGCUCUCCUUCAGGAUAACAGCUGCCUGCGGGUUUCCAGGAUUCAGCUCCGAGGCUGCGAUCCUAAACUACUACCGCUCCGAUUCGUCUCUGGGGAUCCACGUGGACGAGUCGGAGCUUGAUCACUCUUGGCCUCUGCUGUCGCUCAGUUUUGGACAGUCUGCCAUUUUCCUCCUGGGUGGCCCUCGCAAACAGGACCCCCCCACUGCCAUGUUCAUACACAGUGGGGACGUGAUGUUGAUGUCGGGGCCGAGCCGGCUGCUUUACCACGCCGUCCCUCGCAUCGUCCCAGCGCCGCAGGAGCGCGCAGCUGUUCUGGAAGACUUUAGUUCUGCCUCGUCCCUGCAGGAGGGCAGCAUGCUGGAAGCUGUAGCUGAGGAAGACUGGGCCGUAUGCUCCAGGUACAUCCAGAGCUCCAGGGUGAACGUGACUGUCAGACAGGUGCUGGGGCCGGGUCAGAGCUUCCCAGAGAUGCCACCUAUUUCUGUCCAAAGGAGCGACGAAGGCCGGACUGAUGGAUACCAUAAUGAAUCAGCGGAUGGAGACAGAUGGAAGAGGAAGAGGAGCUGUAGUGGCAGCGACUCUGUUGGGACUAAAGAGACGUGAAAAAAAAAAAACUGCUGGCGUUUGAGAUGCGAGGCUGAUUCCUUCAAUCAUUGUUCUCUUAAAAGCUGAUAUUUUAUUACUUUCUGAUUUGUCAAAAGUAAAUGCCAUUUAAAUAAAUUAUUCUUUUAGUUUUGAUCCUUUUUAAACUUCGCAAAACAACCAGUUUUCUGCGUAAGUAAAAUUCAGUGCAGUCCGGUUGUUCUGUAAAAACUGACACUUGAACAAAGAAAUUCAUCUGAUGGGAAGUGAAGCUUUUCUCACGUCUUUGUUUUAACAAGUUUGUUUCCGCUAUGUUUAUCCUGUUUCUGACGCUGCGGUGAGUUAGCAUUUAUUCCUUAAUGUGGUCAUUUCUAAAAUGACUGUCGCUCAUCAAUUUAAACUGAUGUAAAACGGACAGAUCUGCUGCAGUAGCAGAUGGUGGCCACUAGGUGGCACCAAACACCCAAUUUAACAAA